CACCACCAUGCCCACUUCACCGUGUUCCCUCCACGGUGGGUACACUGUCGAGGGAAAAACACCUCAGCCAUACCAUACCACAGACCCAGGACCACACGCUGUCCACACACACAGUCCACACGACACAGCCCCCCGGUGUACGCAGACAGACCCCUGUCACACACAGAAAUGAUCACAGAGAGAUGCUGACACAAAGACAGGAACACACAAUGCAUAUAACCAGAUACACAAAGUCGCACAAUGACACGUCUGCUGUCAAGCAGGAACACAGAGCACAGAGGCAGGAGGGAUACCUAGACCUCUAAGCUGUGCAGUUACAUUCUUAGGCACACCUACAGCUACUCAAUGACACCCACCCCGAUGCCACAGUCACCACGUCCCCAUGCACUCCCACACGCACGUACAGGUACCCUGGAACGCCUGCAUGCGCACACACACACCCUCACAUCCAUGUAUCACUCAGGGGCACAACCAGCACCAGGUCACCCCCAAUCCAGACACACGGAUCCGAGGUGCACACACAGUCAAUCCCACGCCUACUCCUGGGUCCUCCCUUCUCCCCCUCCCAGGGCUGAUCCAAGAGUAGAACAAAAGCCCUGUGUCCCCUCCUCCCCUUCCCCCUUAACUCUCCUCUCUCCCUCCCCCCUCACCCCACCCCAUCCCCCCACCCCCGUCAGCGUCCAUCCCCUUUGUCCUCCUGCAGUUGAGCCUGAGCGGGAGUCCAGGCAGAGCGGCAGGGACAUUGCGCCCAGGCUGUCAGGGGUGCAGGGCGGCAGGACAAACAGGAGUGGUCAGUGCACGAGCAGCAGCUGCAGAGAGCCUGGGAGAGGUCAUGGCCAGCCCCUUGUGCCGGGACAUCUCUGCAGAGAGAAGUCCCACCUGACGCUGAUGAGACCUGCCCUCUUGGAUGUCAGCUGAGAGUGGGCUGCCUUCUCAGCCAGUGGAAAAUAGAAUGAAGGCAGCAUGCUCCCAUGACCCCUAUCAACUCCUUCCGGUGGUCCUGCGCUGCUCCCUGGGAUACACCCCAACCUUGGCAAGUGUGGCUGAGCCGCUAGGCAUGCAGAGUCCACAGCCAGCAACCUCUGAAGGGCAGGUUCCAUCUAUGUGAUUGUUUCCUCAUGACAAACUCAAAAAAGAAGAGGGGAAGAAGUCUAAAGAAACUCUUCAGGACGCUGGAGGGCCCGGUGCCGGAGGAGCCGGAGCUGGAUUGGGGCUCCGAGGAGCCGUGCGCGGGGUCCUGCCACGCACAGCGCAUCCUGCAGACCCUGAAUGCGUAUCGGCGGAGCGGCACCCUCACCGACGUGGUGCUACGUGCCGGCGGCCACGACUUCCCAUGCCACCGCGCAGCGCUUAGCGCGGGCAGCACCUACUUCCGCAGCCUGUUCGCGGCUGGGCAGCCAGAGCGUGGCCUGGCUAUGGUGCCCGUGGUACCCGAGGCGCCGGGCCCUGCCGGGACAGCGGUGGCGACGGCGCUGGCCGUGGUGCUCGACUACCUGUACGGAGCGGGCGUGCGGCUGCGCGCGGAGGACGAAGCGGCCGCGGUGCUGGCGCUGGCCGAGCGACUGGGCGUGGCAGGCCUGCGCGAGGCCUGCGCGCGCUUCCUCGAGGGUCGCCUGCGCGCCGCUAACAGCCUGGCGCUGCGUCGCGUGGCCGCUGCCUUCUCCCUUGCCUCUCUGGCCGAGCGUUGCGGCCGCGUGCUGCGCCAGGCCUUCGCCGAGGUGGCACGCCACGCCGACUUCUUGGAGCUGACGCCCGACGAGGUGGCAGCGCUUCUGGCCGAUCCAGCGCUGGGUGUGGCGCACGAGGAGGCCGUGUUCGAAGCGGCCAUGCGCUGGGUGCGUCACGACCCGCCAGCCCGCCGCGGACAGCUGCGGCGCUUGCUGGAGCACGUGCGCCUGCCCUUGCUGGCGCCCGCCUAUUUCCUGGAGAAGGUAGAGGCCGACGAGUUGUUGCAGGCCUGCGGUGAGUGCCGCCCGCUGCUGCUAGAGGCCCGUGCCUGCUUCAUCCUGGGCCGCGAGACCGGCACACUGCGGGCCCGGCCGCGGAGAUUCAUGGACCUAGCUGAAGUGAUCGUGGUCAUCGGCGGUUGCGAUCGCAAGGGGCUCCUUAAGCUGCCGUUCGCCGACGCCUACCAUCCCGACAGCCGACGCUGGACCCCACUGCCCAGCGUGCCCGGCUUCGCGCGCUCAGAGUUCGCGACCUGCACUCUCCGCAAUGACAUCUACGUCUCUGGAGGCCACAUCAACAGCCGUGAUGUGUGGAUGUUUAGCUCCCAUCUGCACACCUGGAUCAAGGUGGCCUCACUGCACAAGGGCAGGUGGAGGCACAAGAUGGCGGUCGUGCAGGGGCAGCUGUUCGUGGUGGGCGGCUUCGACGGCCUGCGGCGCCUGUGCAGCGUAGAGCGCUAUGACCCCUUCUCCAACACCUGGGCUGCUGCGGCCCCGCUCCUAGAGGCAGUGAGCUCAGCUGCCGUGGCACCCUGCGCCGGCCGGCUCUACGUGAUGGGGGGCGCCGGGCGGGACGGCGUCAACACCAACAAGGUGCAGUGCUUUGACCCCAAGGAGGACCAGUGGAGCCUGCGGUCACCAGCGCCCUUCUCGCAGCGGUGUCUCGAGGCUGUUGCCCUGGAGGACACCAUCUAUGUGGUUGGGGGCCUCAUGAGCAAAAUCUUCGCCUACAACCCUGGCAUGGAUGUCUGGGGGGAGGCAGCUGUCCUCCCCAGCCCUGUGGAGAGCUGUGGCGUGACUGUGUGUGAUGGGAAAGUCCACAUCCUUGGCGGGCGGGAUGAUCAUGGGGAAAGCACCGACAGGAUCUUCACCUUUGACCCCAGCAGUGGGCAGGUGGAGGCCCAGCCAUCCCUGCAGCGCUGCACCAGCUCCCAUGGCUGCGUCACCAUCGUCCAGAGCCUGGGCAGGUGACUCAUACUUGAACCAGGAGGUGGGGAGGGGAGGGAGAACUCAGGUUCACCACUGCUCCCCUCAUGGCACCUCGGUGUAAACAGCCUCUUAGCUUACUGCCCCUUUUCUUGUAGAAAUAAAACCUCCUUCAAAGGUUGGAUCUGUGUUCCAGCUCAAGCCUCCUUUGCCUGGAGAAGUAAUG